ACGACAUUAGUUUCUUCUAGUGCGCGAUAUUCGCUGACCGUUUCUGUUAAAGCCGUGUAUUAUUCAUUUGGGGUCGUGACGUCUCUCAGCGUAGUUUAGCAUCAGAGGUACAAUUCAAAAAGCACGGUUUUGACCACCGUCGUGCCCCUUUGCCCUAUUCUCAGUUACGCGGUUUAUCGUGCAUGUUGUGUGCGCCAGCGUGCUUUGUGCUCGAGGCUUAUGUGCACAAGAUUUUCAGCACCAAAAGCAGACGACGGAUCAAUCUGCUGGCUGUAGACAUUUAUCAUUCUAAAGAUAAACGACCAUAGAAUCAUAGGACUGAGGCGAUCAACGCUCCCGGUCCAUGUUGCUACCCUCCGUUGCAACCACCUAGCUUUGUAGAAAAAGGCUAACGAGGAUCGGGUAGUUCACCUGGUGUUCUACUUGGCUUUGAAGCGUUACUGGUAACUUUAAGUUAGCAUUGGUAACGUGAUUUAGUUUCCCAGUUAUUCCCUGAACAUUUCUCAAACGCAACGUACUGUGCGGAUUUGUUCGAUCGUACUAUUUCAUAUAUCCUACAUUAUCCUUAGCGAUAUGUCGACACCGGCCAACUCUAUCUACUUACGACGCCACCCAUUGCGUUAUUCGACGCUCAGUACGGCGUCGUCCGUGUCUGCCAAAGCUCGAUUGACUGAACACGGUUCGACGCCAAUAGCAACGCCGUCUCUAUCACAGGUUCGCUCGAUCAGUGACGACGUCCGUUCAUUUCACUACUCGGAGACAACCCGUGAUGAUACGGACGGUGGUCAGGAGGUGAACGAAACGACCUACCGACCUGGUGCUUACAGGAUCAGAUCGGCAGGUACUCAGUGGAGAAGCUAUGAUGAUACCAGCCGGGUAUCGGCUGGACAGGGUGACAGUGCUACUUUCCCAUGUUCUACUGUGGCGACAAAGAACACAAUAACUGGAGAUGAUAGGCAAAUAGAGUGCACCACUCAGACAAAAACAAUUGGCGAUAGAGCGUAUUUCAGUACAGGCACGGCCCUAGCGUUUAGGAGGUCGAGGCCAAUAUCGGUGAAAAAAAAAUUUUUAAGCAGUACCGCAUCUGCAAAAGGUAGUUGGGUUACUAUCUCAUCUGCAAGAGCCGUUAUGGGAUCUUGUGUUUCUACAAAAAGCAGUUCGGAAUCUGUCGCAUAUGUAAAAAGAUUUGGUACGGACACUUUUACCAGAACUAGUUCGGGUGCGAUUUCGCCCAUACGGGGCGCAUUGGGCGCAGUUCUGAAUGAAAAAUAUAGUGCGGGCGCCGUCAUAUCUGGAACAGACAAUUCGUUCCCAACCGUGCGAAGCAAUUCCUCGACCGCUAUUAUCCCCAGUGAAAAAACGAUUCGAUUUCCUGUUAUUCGUGGGUCGGGUGGGCUUGCAAGUCAGCCUACAGUACUGAAAUCGGCUUGCGCCAUGGACGCUGAUGUCCAGAGGGAACUCAAGGACUUCAUGGCCCAGCUUGAUAAGCUUUCAGAGACUCGUGAAGAACUCCACAAAGCGAUUGAAGACCUUACCAAACUUAAGAGAGUUAUUCUUAGAUCCCUGCUGGAUGCCGAUAGCCGAGAACAGGAAACUCUCAUGAUUGCUAUUCAGGAGUUGACUUCAGAUGAACCUGUAACAUGUGCCGAUACCUUUACGCCCCAGGAUUUAGCUUCAACCUCAGUCUGCUACUUAGCAUCUAACCGUUAUGAGGAUGCCAGCAAGGAAGCUGUCAUGGCCACGGAGUCGAUGGCUAGUUGGAUACUUGUGUCUCACGCACUCUUUGUUGUUGUCAUAUUCCUUUUGCUUUGAAUUCGGGAGGCAUCAGAUGUUCUUCUAUCAUUUGGCGAUUUGUCGUCUGACGUCGUAUGAACAAUGAUCUCUUUGAUCAUAUCAUUGUGAGAAACUGAAUGACCCCAUGCGAUGUCCAUUGAUGUCGUGAAGCAGUGAAGAUACGUACGUAUAGAUGUAAUAAAGCCG